UACAAGAGGGGCAGAUAUCACGACAUUGUGCAUCUGUCCCUCAUAAACUGGCUGUAAAUGUCAGUGGCUCGGCUAACGAAAUGGAAAUACGGUUGGGGGAGCGCCCGUGGCAGCAUCCUGCGAGAUGACUGCGUCAUCCGAAAUAGAUGCCGUGCAAACACAUUUCUGUUUUCCUCAAAACAGGUCAGCGGGAAAACAGGCCGCUGGAUAAAUUCCAGCUCACGUUUCCGCUGAGAACCAACUACAUGUACGCCAAGGUGAAGAAGAGUUUGCCCGAGAUGUACGCCCUCACCGUUUGCAUGUGGCUCAAGUCCAACGCGUCCCCAGGAGUGGGCACACCUUUUUCCUAUGCGGUGCCUGGUCAGGCGAACGAGCUGGUGCUCAUCGAAUGGGGAAACAACCCAAUGGAGAUCCUGAUUAAUGAUAAGGUUGCAAAACUGCCUUUCCUGAUCAACGAUG